GAUACAGGGAGCACGGCAGGUAGCUUGUAUGUCCGUUUUAGCCCUUAUGAUUUAAUCAUGUAAGGGACUGAGGAUGCCUUUUUAAUCAACAUGAAGCCGGAUUUUCUGGGAAGGUAGUUGAUACCGAGGCGCCGUGCAGGCUGCUGACGGGGAGGAAUGCACAGAGGAGGUUAUUUUCCCGGACUGGGGGGGCGGGAGGCAACGGCCCCCGCAGUGUUGUGAGGAUUGUUUUUAGCUAGCUAGCAAAGGAGAGGGGUUUCCGGCUGACGUUUUCAAAAUAAAAAAGCUCCAAAGAAAACAGGAUCAGUUUCGUUGAAUUUUUAAGAUAGAACUUUUUUAACACGCUUAAACCUGUCACAAACGAAGAGGUCAUUGGAUUUAUGAGUUUGCUGCAACAACUCGUGGUAUUUUCUACAAAUAAACGACAUAACAAAACGUACUGCUUUUACUUUAAAGGGGAAAUGUAUCUUCUUCCCAGCCCAGCGGUUGUUGGGUCUUGCUAACUUGACACAUACAAGAAGGGGUGAAGUUACAAAGCCUCGGACCAAAACAAGACUUUACAUCUUGGAGUGGACAACGCCGCCUGCGUAUGAAUGGGACCUACCUCGUGUCACUGUGUUUUUUUCGAGUCAAAUGCCUUUUAAACUGCGAGGCCUGUCUUUUCUCUAAAAUCAGAGCCCCGGUGGAAAACACGGUUUGCUGUGGAUGAUCAACAUGUGCUGUCGACCGCUGACAUACAAGACCAAGCUCUUGUAGCUAGAGGAGGAUUACUUUCCCUAACUUUUCCUCCAACUCCUGGUCCUCCUGCGAUCAAUGACCGGACCCAACUCCCCAAGCCGGACGGCCACCACCCCGGCCAAGCUGAGCAGGCAUGGCCGGUCCAAGAGCACCAGCUCGCACUGCCUCCUCCGCUGCAGCACCCAGGAGGAGUCCUCCACCUCCCCCCCUAAUAACAGCCCUCGGUCCCCUGGGGAAGAAGAGGAGAAGGAUGGAGGGGUUCUUUUUUAUGUGAACAGGACAGGUUUUCCCAUCGAGAGUGUAACGUGGGAGAGGAUGUGGUCCCAUGUGGCUGCUGUGCACCCUGAGGGUCAGGAGAUGGUGGACAGGAUACGAAAUGCUGCAUACCUUCCCAAGCAUCCCGUUCCCUCAGUCCCGACCUUCAAACCGUCCAUGUCGGUCCCAGAUUGGCUGGUGGCCAUCCAGAACUACAUGAAGGCUCUGCAAUACAACCACACAGGAACCCAAUUCUUUGAAAUCAAGAAGAGUCGUCCGCUGUGUGGGUUAAUGGAGACAGCAAGAGAGAUGAUCAGAGAGUCUUUGCCAAUCAAAUGCCUCGAAGCCGUCAUCUUGGGAAUCUACCUGACAAAUGGGCUGACAUCUCUGGAGCGUUUCCCCAUCAGCUUUAAGACCCAGUUUUCGGGACACUGCUUCCACCAUGUUGUGCUGGGUGUCUACUGCAACGGCCGCUAUGGGUCACUUGGCAUGAGCCGUCGUCAGGACCUGAUGGACAAACCACUGACACACCGCACGCUAGGGGAACUGGUGGCCGAGUUCGAGAGCUCCUACAAGAGAUACCAGCACACACUGAAGAAGGUAAAGAUCGGCCUGUAUGUGCCUCACGACCCACACGUCUUUCAGCCGAUCGAAUGGAAGCAUCUGGUACUGAAUGCCGCUCGACUGGGAGCUCAGGAGAUGAGAAAGGAAUUGGAGAAACAUGGCCGGGACAUGAGGAUGAAGAUCCUUAAAUCGUCCAGUGCCCAAUCACCAAUCAAGGAGCGGAGCCGGGGGAAAUCCUUAUCACCACGGCGACGGCAGAGCAGUCCCCAGCGACGCUUCACACACCGCAGAGACAAAUCGCCGGCCUCAGUGGAGAGGAAACCUCCUGAGCUUAGCACCCUCAGUGACGGCUACCAGAUCCGCAUCUGAUCCCCUUCAUUACCUCCCAAAUCCAUCCAGCCUUCUCCUGAGGAGUUACUACCUGCCACCAACGCUUUCAGAAGAGGUGUCACUGCAGCUGGAGCGAUUUCACACAGACAAGGUGGCUGAUCAACACACAAAAAAUGUUACAAGAGCUUUUCUGAGCUGGAACGGGAUGAACCUCUUUGAAGCUGAGAAUCAGACUGCUUUAAACUUAACAGAUAACUCUUUGGUAGCAAUGGAUCCUUGACAACAGCCUGGUUAUCAAACACCUGAGAGCAGCAGCUCUUUCUCUUAUACUGUCACAAUUCAGUCAUGUAGCUGAAGCGUUUACCCUCUGACGCUAAGUUCAGAAGAAGCUACAUGAGUGUAUUGCUAUAUUUAAAACAUUUCAAUUAACUGGCAGGAAAAUUAAAAGCUGAGAGCUGUCAUGUCCUGACAUUGGAUUUAACUAAGUAUUUCUGUGACCCCUGAGUGACAAUGUUCCUUCAAGAAGGGCAACAACAGGAAGUGGGAGAGAAGAAAGGGUAGACAUUUUCUAGUACAAAUAGGUGAGCGUAUUCUUUAGUGGUUGAGUAAGACAAGUUGCCAUGGUGGAAGAGUCAUAACAAAAAAAAAUAGUUUCUCUUUGCACACAACAGACUUAAUAUAUGAUUUAUAAGGGAGGUUUUGACAUUUUAUCAUUUUAAAUGAUUAAUUAUCAUAAUGGCACCUCAAUAGCACAAUUUUACUACUGAGAAUUUAGACAGUUGAUAUUUUUUGUCAGGGUUUGAAGCAGCAAUUACUUUACAGGGUUUCAUUUUGUUGUCAGUUUCCCAUCAUGGCAGGCCUUGAGACUACAGGGAGGCAGAUAUGAAGGAAGAAUGAGAUUCACGGGUGUAGGUGUUCUUAUUACACUUAACUCUCACAUGCCUGCUCAACUGCUGCAGCACUUUGGCUUUAAUGAAAAGUCCACUGAAGGAUUGUUCAGAGGUAAUGUCUAAGUUCUGAUUUGACUUUAACAAACCCUCCUGAACCAGCAGAAACUUACUUAAGAUGACUAAGUAGACUUCCACAUGCAGAUUCUAUUGAUCAGAGCGGACGAGUGUAGAAUAACGAGAGGAUGCUCAAUAAAGUAUGCAGGGGAAUCAAAGGCACAGAGUCGAUAGAGAGGAAAAGGAAGAAGAACAGAAGAGGUGGAAAGGGGUAAGAGGAUAGGGAGUGGUAUAGAGAAAGGAUUCACUGCAGAACAUCAGUGAAUGAUCAUUAGAGCACUGCGGCAAACCUCCUGCCCCCCACCACCUCCUUAUUCCCCUCUUCCGCUGCCCUCUGUUGACACAUAACUGCAUACAUAACCACAGCCCUGUUUCCAUCCAAGCAAAACUCCUCAACAGUGGAAAGACUCGAUCUCAAUUACUGACAAGAGUUGGACAAGAAAAUCAGGAUCACAACAUUUAAAGCUAAAUAUGGAAAAACAUUUAAAGCUAAAGAGGGCCUUGCUGAUAUUCUGUAUCAAGAUAAAAGAAAAGGUUUUGCAUGUUUGUCAAAGGAACUAUUAAUUGGGUCAGUCAUUCAAACCCCUCAUAAUAAUUGACUUGUUUGAAUGGAAAUGUAGCUUUAAGUUAUGCUGCAUUAGGUUUUUACAGGAGAAGUAAUCACACUAACCCCCACAUACAAUGACUACCUACAGACUGUUGCACAGUACGAUCCAGCACUAUCUAGAUAGAGGGACUGUUACUUGAUUUAAAGGAUGAGAAAGAUUUCGGUGCCUUAAGUGAAUAACUUCAAAUUUGGCACAAAUGUCCACCUGGACUCAAAAAUGAACUGAUAGAAUUUUGGUGGUCAAAGGUCAAGGUCACUGUGCUCUUGUGUCCACCUCAUUCUCAAGAACACGAUAUCUCAAGAAUUCUUUGGAGGGAAUUUUCUCAAAUUUGGCACAAAU